AUGGCCGGCGAUAUCGAGCAGGAUUCAUCCCCAGCCUCGGAUAGCGACUGGGCCUCGGCGGAUGAGGCAUCGCUAGAUGUGACUACGUUGGCAUCGAGUGUUCUGAAUUAUGAGUACAAGGUAAGACUCGCGCAAACCAAGUCACUCAUGAUCUCCAUCGCAUCCGCAUCCUCGAACCAGGCAAGAUGGCUUAAAAAGGUUCAGCCAAACGACGAGGAGGAGCAAGACCGCAUGGACCUCCUCCACCAUAUAUACGCCCUGAUCCUCGAUGGCGAGCUGCAUAUGGCACCGAUCAAGUCCGACCCGGAGCGAGUCCUUGAUUUGGGAACGGGGACCGGGAUCUGGGCGAUGGACUUUGCUGAUCAGUAUAAAUCUGCCGAAGUAUUAGGAAACGAUCUCAGUCCCAUCCAACCCACCUGGAUCCCCCCAAACCUCCAAUUCGAAGUGGACGACUACGAAGCAGACUGGGUCUAUUCACGGCCCUUCGACUACAUCCACGGUCGCGAACUAGCAGGCGCAGUCAGCAACUUCGACAAACUCUUCCGACAAGCUUUCCGACAUCUAAAACCGGGUGGAUACUUCGAGAUGCAGAGCUUCCGUGUGGAGGUAUACGCCGACGACGACUCCCUCGACCGAGCACCAUAUACCACGAAAAUGUGCUCGCUGAUGCAAGAAGCCAGUGUCAAGUUCGGAAAGCCAAUGGCAAAUAUGGACGAGUGGGCGGAUAGAUUGACCAAGGAGGGGUUCGAGGAUGUGACGUGCAGGAUUAUCAAAGUGCCCAUUAGUCCGUGGCCGCUGGAUAAGAAGCAGAAGGACAUUGGGAAGUACUUUCAGGCGCAGCAGAUGCAAGGCAUUCAAUCGUAUGUGCCGGAGUUGUUGCAAAACAUUCUGCAAUGGGGCGCGGACGAGGUUGAGGUUUUGAUGGCAGGGGCGAGGAAGGAGUUGUUAGAUACCACAAUUCAUCAGUAUGGGAAGUUGUAUUUUGUGUAUGGUAGGAAGCCCCAUCGGUAGUUUGGCUUUCAUGUCGGAUCUGUUGUUGGGGUUCUAUGUGUUGUUUAUUUCAAUGAAGUCAUGAUAAGAAUAAUGAUAGUCGAUUCAAGAUCUUGAGGUUGUUAG